AUGAGUUUACUCAAGAGUGUCUUCGGCCUUGGUAAGAAAGAAAAAUGUCCAACACCACAGGAAGGAAUCCAGAAAUUGCGGGAAGUUGAAGAAAUGUUGAUGAAGAAGUCCGAUUUCCUAGAAAAGAAGAUAGAUGCAGAGCUUUCCAUAGCCAGAAAGAAUGGGACAAAAAAUAAACGCGUUGCACUUCAAGCUUUAAAAAGAAAGAAGAGAUAUGAAAAGCAGCUGCAGCAGAUUGACGGUACAUUAUCAACGAUUGAAUUCCAGCGAGAGGCCCUCGAGAAUGCCAGUACAAACACAGAAGUCCUUAAGGUGAUGGGAGUUGCUGCAAAAGCAUUGAAGGGUGCCCAUAAUAAUUUAGAUGUGGACCAGGUCCAUGAUUUGAUGGAUGACGUGGCCGAACAGCAAGAGGUGGCCAAUGAAAUCUCAGAGGCCAUAUCUAACCCAGUUGGCUUUGGUCGGGAUGUUGAUGAGGAUGAUUUGUUGGCUGAACUGGAGGAGCUGGAGCAAGAGGAAUUGGACAAACAGCUGCUAGAAGUCGGCGGCACAGAAGAGUUACCCAGUGUACCAACUGCAGAACCUUCAGAACCCCGGGCAGCAAGGGCUCAUGCAAAAGAUGACGACGACGAUAUGAAAGAGCUAGAAAUGUGGGCAUCUUAA